AUGGCGAGAACUCCGGAUCUUUGGCCGAAGGCCAUGGAUCUUCUCCGUAAAAAGAGUCUCAGUGAAGUAGCGGAGGCUUUAUUCCCACUCCUGAUGGAUCAAGAAACCACCACCCAGUACCGAUCGUCUCUCGCUCUGUACAAAUACUGCGUCGAUACUGCCCCAGACGCCUUAACCCUAAAGCUCCUCAGUGUCUAUCCAUCUUCUUUCUGCCCCAUUUUCCGAUUCCAAUGGAUCCAUCUCCUCUCCGGAACCAUCACCUAUCUAAGAAACCACAACUUCAGAUUCUCCCCAACCUUUCUCCCUCGAAUCAAACCCCAAUUGAUCGCCUGCGUGAAUCUGAAAGAAUCAAAAGACUCCGAAACCAAAAUCCUCGCUCGAAUCGUCUCUUUCGUAGCCGAAAAUGUAGCAGCUAGCGACGGAGAAUGGAUUGAGCUUAGCGAUUGUAUCAUCGACCUCGCGAAGAAGGAGCCUCGCAAGGCUUGUCUCGUCGUCCUCGAUCUCCCCCUUUCCUACGGGAGAUUCAUCAACCGGUUCGCGAGAUUGAUUCUGGAAAUGGCGAAGGUGCUGCUCAAUCCCCAGCUCGUCGAAUCGAAAGAUUGGAGUUUGGUUUUACAAACCGCGAUCAAAAUCGGCGUUUUGCAAUCCGAUUCGCGAAACGCCGUUGAAACAAUCGUUGUUGACACAGCGGAGAAUCUGGCGAAAAAUGGAAUUACGAGAGAGCUUCUUCUCAAAGGAAUCGAAGAUCUCAAGCUGUUCUUGGCGAGAGAUGGGAUUUUUAACAGAUACAGCAAGGAGCAACUCGUUUACGUCGGGUGGUUAGUUUUCCAGAUCUCAGCUUGUUGCCACCAAAGCAUAGAACAGAGCAAGAGAGUCUCUGGUGAGGUUUUGCGAGUGAUGAAGAAGCCGAAAAAGCACCACCGUGAACACGGUGGAGAAGGAUUUGAGAGUGACUGGUGUGAGUACUUGACUGAGUUUCCAACGGAGGACUUGUUGAGAGUCUUUGCGUCGACUAAUCUCGGAGAGAGGUGCAGAGAGUUAGCGAUCAGACGGCUCAACGGUUUGCUCUCUGACCACGCUUCGAAGAAGGAGAGGAUUGAGAUUCGAGUGAUGAGGCUGCUCCAGAGAGAUCUCAUCGAGCGGCUCAAGGAAGAAGGACUCGCUGAGCAUUUGUUUAUAGUGCUAGGUGAAGUGGUGGUCCACGUGGCGAACGAGCUGGCGAGCUCUCAGGACGACAAGUGGUUCGAUCUCUGGCACUACAUUGCGACGGAGUGCAAGACGGAGUUCAAGAAGGCGGUUUAUAUUUUUCAGUGCUUGACGAUGAUGGUUGAUGCUGAUAAAGACUUUAUGGUUCCGACGAUUGAGAGUCUGAUACCGGAGAUUAGCUCGAGGCUGAAACCGCCGGGGGAUUUGUUGGUGGUUGUGGAUGAGAGGUGUUGGUCCGCGGCGUUUGUUGGUGCGUUCUGUGUCGUCGUUCAUUUGGUGGAGAUUAGGGAUCGCGUUGAGACUGUGAAGGAGGUUUUGUUUAGUAUGGUUGGUUCGGUGAGAGAGCUUGUGGAGAGAAGAAUGGAGGUUGAGUUUGUGAUGAGAGCUUUUAAAGAUGUGGAGAGCAUUGUGAAGAAGCAGAUGAGUUGGUAUAGUACGGGGGAGUACAGAGUCGUUAAGGGUUUGCUUUGGAGGCUUGGUGAGAUUGAAGGCAUGGAAAUGGAGAGUAAGGAUGUGUUGUUUAGAAUGGAGAUGAGUCUUGAGAGGGGAGUGUUCGAUGCGCUGAAAGGUAUCCCGAAGAGUGAGCUUGAUUGGUUGAGCAAACCUGAGGCUUAG